CAGAGAACAGUCACAGAAACACUUGUUCACACUUUUUAUGACAUCUGUCUGGAGUUUCAAGCCGUUAUAAUAGCAAAAAUAACUGUUUAAUGUAAAAGUAAUGAGUUAUCGUUACUUUGCGGAAUUUUUACAGCUUGCUUAGAAUAAAUAUAAGUUAGAGAAAAUAGAGUGGCUUUGUUCGAUAUAAAAUCACAGCGAAGGAUAAGGGCCGAUAAGAGGGGGAAUACUGUUGUUACGUAAAUAUUUAGACAGAUUUUAUUAUCGCGUUAUCUCUACAAUCGUUAUCGAAAUAAUCAUUUAUAUUCCAAGACGUGCAUAUAUAAAAAGGCGCAAUUAAUAUCACUUGUCAGUCAGCCGAUUUUUGCUGUGAAUGAUAUCUUGGUGAUAUCGAUAACUACAAUCAUGAGGAUCACCAUCGCAUUGUCCUUUUUGGCUGUGCUUUAUACCGUCGAGGCUAUUCCAACAGAUUCGAAUGAUUUGGAAAUUUUGAGACUUCGAGUGAGGGAACUGAAAUGGAAUGUAGAGACUGUUAUACGUCAACUUGAGUUACUUCGUACUCGGACAGAAGAAGAUACCCUUCAAAAAGUUUCCUUAAAGUGGAGUGAAGAACAAGACAGUCACAGAGAAUAUAAAACUUUAUUAAUUUCUGGGAUACGUACUGAAAUAAACAUCGCUAAGACGGCAGGUAAAGACGUGACCUCAUGCUACGACGAAGCCAUCGAAGGUAUCAAAAAGAAUGAGCAACUAGCAUAUAAGGAAGGUUCAAAAUGCGAAGACUUCGCUGGAAAUUCCAUCCAUAACAACCUUGGCUUUAUCGAUAAUCUCAUUUCAACCGGAGACGCGUUGUCGUUGCAGUCGGAUAGUAUCUUCUUGAAUUGUCACGAUAGCGACAUUUACAGGAUGCGGAGUUGCAUCCUCAAUGAACUGACGAAUGCAGAAAGCUCUCUGAAGACCUUGGAGAACGACAGUGUUACUGCAGAGUUGACCAUUGCACCCGUGUCCAAGAAUGUUGUUACGCAGGCCACCAACUGUAUCAAACAGGCUUACUCCCUUACGUAUACGGAGGGGUCGGCGAUCAGAAUGAGAGUUACUCAAUGUAUUGAAACACUGAGCGUGCCAACUACGACGGCACCUGCGACAACUACGACGAUAGAGCCUCCGCAAGAAGAAUAAUUUCAUUUUAAAUCUACCGGGUUUACUAUUUAUUUUUCUUUUUGUUGAAGGUGAUUCUAAAAGAGAACAAAUCAAGAUUACCAUUAAAAAAAAAGAACGUCAUAAUUCGUACUGAAUAAU